AGUUGAUGGCAAUAUGUCGUGGGGAAAAGUAUAAACAUGAUCCGUCUUUUCGUGGACCUAUUCAAAAAAGGAGCUGUACGGAUGUUAUUUGCUGUGUUCUCUUCCUGGCCUUCAUAGCUGGUUACAUUGGGGUGGGGAUACUCGCCUGGCUUUAUGGUGAUCCUCGACAAGUUAUUUAUCCCAGGAAUUCAACUGGAGCCUAUUGUGGAAUUGGCUCUAACAGUGACAAACCUUACCUUCUCUAUUUCAACAUUAUGAAAUGCGUCAUGGGUUUGAACACCAUGGUAACGGCCAUGAAUGGGCUUCAGUGCCCUACGACACAGAUUUGUGUCUCAUCCUGCCCAGACAACUUCUGGGUGGUACCACCAAAUGCCUUCUUCCCUCCAGGCAUGGUCGGUUAUGCGCCUCCUUCCGAAAUAUGGAACCAGUCACUGUGUCAACCUAGUAUUGACCUUCGGACAACCAAACUGACAGCAUCGGAAAUUGUCAGCCGGCAGCUCUGUCCUGAAUUCACGUUCCCGAGCCAGCCAAUUCUUAAUCGCUGUUUCCCUGAAAUUAACAUCAUUGGGGCCAAGAACUUUACUCUCGGUGGGAUGACACCAGAGAAAACAGUGGACUCCAUCAAGAAUGGCACAUCCCAACUUGAAAAGAUUCUUAAUGCUAAAGAUAUUGGAUUAAAGAUCUUUGAGGAUUUCACACGGACAUGGUAUUGGAUCCUAAUAGAGCUUCUAAUUGCCAUGGUGCUCAGCCUCCUCUUCCUUGUCCUGCUAAGAUUCACUGCUGGGUUCCUGGUGUGGAUUCUCAUCCUUGGGGUGCUCGUUGUCAUUGCAUACGGAAUCUACCAUUGCUAUAUGGAGUACAGUGAGCUCAACAAGACGGGGGCCACCAUCCAGAAUGUUGGAUUUACCACCAACUGGAGCAUGUAUGGCCACGUCAAGGAGACGUGGCUUGCAGCCUUGAUUAUCCUCUGCGUUGUGGAAGCCAUCUUGCUCCUCACCCUUCUGUUCCUGCGCAAACGGAUCCUUAUCGCCCUUGCUCUCAUCCGGGAAGCCAGCCGAGCUAUCGGAUACAUGAUGUCUACCCUCCUCUACCCUCUGGUGACCUUCGUUCUGCUACUGAUAUGUGUGGCCUACUGGGGUAUAACGGCCCUAUACCUUGCCACUUCUGGACAGCCCCUUUAUCGGGUCAUCCCCACAAACCAGAGUCUUCCUGGCUGUGAAGGAAUCUCGGGCAACGAGAGCUGCAACCCUCUGGAAUUCAAUGCCUCCUCCUACCCAUCUUGCACAGUGGAAUGCAUCUUUUUCAAGUACAACGACCAAGGGCUGUUCCAGCGCAACCUCUUCAACCUGCAGAUCUACAACAUCGUGGGCUUCCUCUGGUGCAUCAACUUCGUCAUUGCCCUGGGCCAGUGUGUGCUGGCAGGGGCUUUUGCCUCUUACUAUUGGGCCUUCAGGAAGCCCCAAGAUAUCCCAACCUGUGCCGUCUUCAGUGCCUUUCUCCGGACCCUAAGAUACCACGUUGGGUCUCUUGCUUUUGGUGCCCUCAUCCUCACCAUCGUUCAAGUCAUCCGCAUGAUCCUGGAAUAUCUGGACCACAAGUUAAAAGAUUCCCACAAUCCAGUCGCCCGGUGUAUAUUUUGUUGUCUGAAAUGUUGCUUCUGGUGUCUGGAGAAGUUUAUCAAGUUCCUCAACAGAAACGCCUAUAUUAUGAUUGCUAUUUAUGGAAAGAAUUUCUGCGUCUCAGCCAAAAAUGCCUUCAAGUUGCUGAUGCGUAACAUUGUCAGAGUUGUAGUACUGGACAAAAUAACAGACCUGCUCCUAUUUUUCGGGAAGCUUCUGGUGGUCGGUGGAGUGGGUGUCCUGGCCUUCUUCUUUUUCACGGGGCGAAUCCCCAUCAAGGACCCUCGGUUCCAGUCGCCCGCCCUGAACUACUAUUGGCUACCCAUUCUGACCGUGGUGGUCGGUGCCUACCUCAUAGCCCAAGGAUUCUUCAGCGUCUACAAUAUGUGCGUCGACACGCUAUUCCUGUGUUUCUUGGAAGAUCUGGAGAGGAAUGAUGGCUCCCUGGAGAAGCCAUAUUACAUGUCCAAAAGCCUCAUGGAGAUCCUCAACAAGAAGAACAAGAAGCCCAAGGACAAGUAGUGGUGAUGCUUCUGAAGGUGGAGGGUUCCUCGUCUACAAAUUACCAGCUCACAGGAUUGAGGUCUUCCUCAUUUCUUGCUGUAGUUCUUCCUCUCAGCUAUGACUGGAUGUGAGGCUCUUGGCCCAUAUCGCGUGCAGCUGAACGUGCAUUCUCCUCCUUCUAUUCCACCUCAUCUUGUGUAGACUUUUUGGUUUGGUUUGGAAUUUCUGGGCCCUGCACAAGAGGACUCUUUCGUUUUUUCCUCAUAUUCUGAAUACAGCCAACACACAUGGCCCUUUCUUUGACUAACCAUGUUGCUUUUCAGCCUGUUUUUAGACAGCGGCAGAACAAAUCCCUUGCUUAACCAUGUUGUUUUCUGAAGGCUUCUGUGGCCAACUGUGGUGUUCCCCCGGAAAAGAUCGCUGAUCAGUUCCUUCACUUCUGUGCCUCGCGCAGCAGCAUCUUUUCAAGAUGAUGUUGUCUCCCAAGCCUCUUGCUUGUCAUGGACCACACCACUCCCUUUUGACUUCGGUCUUUCAGCCCGGGAAACCACUCUCUGCUUGAUUUGCACUGGGUUCCUGCCAACGGUCUUCCUGAACAAAAAUGACUGAAUUUGUAGGCAAAAGCCAAAAAAAAAAUGGCAUGGCUGGCUGGCUAUCUAAUUUUCUCCAGCGCUGUGCAACUUCUCAGUCAACAGCAGGCUUCUUUCUGCGGGCCUACGUCAUUUCUCUGAAUCAACUCAAGUAAUUUGGGGAACCAUUUGUGAGUGCCUUUUGAAGUUUACCUCAGACAAAGGGCAUCUGGUCUAGCUGCCCAACUGUGUGGUAAGCACACUGUUAUUGCACUUUCUUGGCUUUUUUUGUUGUUGUUGAAAGACCGAAGAAAACUCUGCACCUGCAUAAAUCCAGCUGUGCAUCUGAUCCGAGAAACCUUGUCCAAGUGUUGUGGUUGUGUAGACAACGACUGCCAAAAGGGAAGCCCCUCCUUGUGCUUGUGUGAUAGCAGCAAGCAGCAUAAUCCAGCCUUAUUAUACUGGUGGGACUUUCCCCUCAAAGAAAA